UGCUGGACUAAUGAAUCUCUCCGCUUGCUUCAAAGAGGAUUACUGCUCCUUCUGCUUAGCUUAGUUACCUCAAAUUAGGAUAAGGGUAAGGAGAGGUCUGCUGUCUACAGCGGCCAUCUGUCUGUGGACAGUCGAGCGCUCACGCAGCUCUAAAUGGAGACAAGGCUGGAGCUGGAUGUUUUGAUAUUCCCAGAUGAAGUGAGGAUUGCUACUCCGGACGAGCUCCGUGAAUGGGAACUAGAGACUGCGAGCCAGGUGUCUGUGCCCACCGUGCGACUCUUUGUGGCCCUUUAUCCCUACAACCCUGCUGCGAUGUCUCCCAACUAUGAGACGGCUGCAGAGGAGCUGCCUUUUGUUCCAGGCCAGAUAAUCAAGGUGAUGGGGGACAAAGACUCUGAUGGUUUCUAUCACGGUGAGUCCGGUGGCCUCUCUGGUUAUGUGCCAAGCAACAUGGUGGCUGAAGUCCCGGUGGAUGAUGAGUACUUGAAGCAUCUACUCAUGCAGCAGGGAUUCCUCCCUGUGGACCACACAGGUAUGUCUUUAACGCCAGAUCUGAGCGACGUUGCCAGCAUCCCCGAUGAUGUGGUUGUUCGACGAAUGGUGGCCUUAUUUGACUAUGAUCCAUGGGAAAGUUCACCCAACAUGGACAGUGAAGUUGAACUCGGAUUUCGUUCAGGAGACAUCAUAUACGUGUUAGGUGACAUGGAUCAAGACGGAUUUUACUAUGGGGAUCUGCACGGACGGCGAGGCCUGGUUCCAUCAAACUUUCUGCAGCCGCUGCCCUGGAAUUAGAAGAAAACGCUACGCUAGGAUAUUUGCUACAGAUGCCAACUCUCAGACACAGUGAGAAAUCAGCAGUUUUUAUUAAGAAAAAAAUUGUUAAAUGGACAUUUUAUGUGUCAAAAAAAGUUUUUUAUUUUUUUUAUUGUAGGAUGGCACUGCACCUGCUUUAGAUUGCAAAUCAGCAAGAGUCUACGCAGAUAAGCAUCUAAUUAAUCCAGCAUUGCUCAGGAUGCUACAAAGUGAAAAAGUUCUCAUCAAACAAUUGUCAGAUAAAUCCUUUAUUGAAAAAUGUCAGCAUAAUUUAAGAACCACUUGUUGAAAAAUACAUGAAAAUUACAAAUCAUACAUAUUUUUCUGUCCACGUUCACUUCGCUUCUACUUGCUGCACUUUUACAAGAACAUGAGCCAAUGGUUGAAUUUACAAAAAGGAAAUGAUAUGUACUAUAAGUAAGUGUAUGACGAUAUCAACAAAUUAUAAUUAUUCUCAGUUUCAGCUGAUGGCAAUGGAUACAUUACUGUAGCCUUAAUAAUACACAUUUAGUCUGAGUUUUUGCAGACCAGCGUGUAUUCAUAUAGUACGUCCAUAUUUGCCUUAUAUCCUGUUUAUAUAUUUUCUAAAACUGGCUCAUAGUUUUUUCAUAUGGAGAAAUUAGGAGAAAAUGUUUUUUAGUUUUUGAGUUUUGCAGCAAUUUUUAUGUUAAAAAAUCCACAACAGAAACUUUGUAUAAAUGAAGGGAUUAACGUGAUCAUGUUAUCGAUCUAAGAACUGUAAAGCAGACACUGAAAAUAAAUUGAAUUU